UCACCCAAGUUGCUCACCACGCGCACCCAUCUCCCCUGCUCCAUCUUCAUCUUCCCGGUUGCCGCAGCGCUGCUCGACUGCAGACUGCUCCGAUUGAUUGAAACAGAGUGAGCUCGCACUGAACAAUUCCUAGGAAUCUCGCAGUGAGGCCGCGUCAGCUGAGGACGUCACUCAUGGAAGUUCAGGGAUGUGCGUUGCUAGCACCCGAUGAUCCAAGCCCGACGCCGCAGCUUGGAUUUGUGUGGAGGUCUAGUCUGUAGCAUCCUGAGGUUGGAGCGAUACGCACGGACAGCAAAACUUCCUGGUCUUCGUUAGUUUGAAUCUUGCCAUGUCCAUACCCACAGUAUGCGCGCCUGGUAUGAAUUUUCCACGUCCUGGUAUCACGGACCACGCAGCGGUAUUUGGGGUUGAAUCUCUCUGGAAAGCAGCUUUGCAUGAACUUGCUCAGGUCGAAGAUUCUGGUGCUCCGACCAGGAAUUGCUGCCGGUUGGUGAGAGAAAGGGCGUCUUUGCUGGUAAUUCAGCAGCUCUCGAGCUGCUUACCUGCGGCGACCUUCUUCCCUUGGAUGGGAUGCGCUGUCGGGGCACGUCUUACUUAUGAGUUGUAGGUCAUUGCUGCAUGGAAUUCGAGCUCAAUUGGACGUGUUAGUUGCUGUCGAAGAGGUGACGAGGUGGAUUAGAGAUGAAGAUUUUCGGGCAGGUGAAUCAGAUGAAGUUAUUCAAUUGCUGGAUGAGUGGUAUCAGCCAAGAGCAGGAGGCCAUUCAGUGUACAGAGAACGCCGUUCUUACGCGAUUCAUCAACCAAGCUGCCAGCACUAGUCGAUGCACAUUAAUGUUGCAAUCUCCUUCGAUAUUCAGAAUCUCGCCGCAGGAGGAGACCACAAACUUAAAACCAGCAGAAAACUGCAGUCACUUCUCCGCACAGCUUGAACUGAACGAGAAAGUUGAGAAAGAAAGAGCCUCCCGAGCCGUGAAGUUGUUGCAGGAGGGCAUCUUAUUCCCCGAGGACCAGGAGGAUGAUUAUACCACAGGUCUCAAACAUCAUCGUCCAUCGUCACCUCUGGGCUACACCUUGGACAUCGAUUACACCGCUGUGAAGGUAGUGGAGGCAGUGAUCGACAAAUGCAAACUGCUGAACUGUGUUUCAACACUGUGUAGGAAACAGUGCACUGAGUUUAGUACAACGCUGAAAAGCUUGCACGAUAUUCUCCUUGUCAUACAGGGAAGUGCUUGCCUCGACAAAUAUAAGGAGCUGUUGGAAGGUGUCUUGUUGCAUGCGAGCAAGGCUUAUGCCUUCACCGAAAAGGUGUUCUUCCAGGCGAUGACAAAUUCACUUCAUGGAGUGACGGGACAGAAGGCUCACUUCAAAUUUGGUGACUUCGCUUGCCGGUUCUACAACCUGAAGGUCGAGCUUUGUGAACAGUUCCAGAGGAGUGAGAAUGACUGUCAGUCGGGCGGCUGUCCUCGAGAAAAGCGACUCUCUUAUGGUGUCAGCACUUACUCGGUGCCUGUGCUCAACAUUGCGAGGAGGCUGUACAAAGAAAAGCGAGUGGUCACUCCGAUAACGGAAAUUUAUGGCAAGUCCUUAUACACUGUGGAGCUUACGUACCCUCGGACAUGGCUUUCGGACGAUGUGGGCGUUGUUUCGAGAGUCGAGAGCAGUGAACGUGGAUACAAGCAAGUGUUGCUGGCCGAUCGCGUGAAGAUUGAGAAAGGAGCUUGGGGCUGGGAAGCUGCACACAACACGGUGCUCAUCACGUACAAUGAUUUUUUAGUGGCCAACGUUGCUUCUAUGGCAGGCAGUCUGCUCAGGUUCAACAAGAAGUGUGUAAAAUCAAACAAGAGGGCUCAUCAAGCUCAAAAGUACCGGACGAGCGUUCAGGUUGUGGGGUCGACCCGGAUCGACCUCGACUUGCAGAACCUGUUCAUCAAAGGGACCAAGGACAGGGACAACGUCUACUACAAAUGCUUCAUUAACACAGACGAAGAAGAAAUUCUCGCAAUCUACAGAUACCACAUCCAUCAUUUCCACAUGGCGGAGGGAUUGCUGCACAUUGUUGGCCGCGGCAACCAGAUCGAACUACGCCACGUCCUGGUCUCCAUCUUCUCCUGUCUUGGCUUCACUUGUACCGUGUGAGCAGCGAACAAAACCCAUUUCUUCACCACCUACAACCCGCGAAACUUUGUCCAUUAACAUCGAUUCGACUAGAAAAUGACCCAAAUUCCAGCGACCUUAUUCGAAUGAACCACUCUCAUCGAUCAUUCCAAAAAUCGCCCUGGAAGUGCACAACACAACCUGCAUGUAGUUAGAGAGGGAAGGUAGGUGCAGCUGGAAAUCAGGUAGCUUCACAACACAAAAAUCAGAUCCUGGUCGUGGACACACACCUCGCGGUGCCAAUCAAGCCGAAAAAGAGUAAAUCUACUCGAAUUCUUUAGAAAACCGACACUCGGCAAUCGGUCCGGUGCACCUCAAAACCUCCUCUACAGAGACGGUCGAUGUCCUCCCCCAUUCGAGUCACUUCCUAUGCAGAGCAUCAAACACGAACUCUCAACACCAUGCGCCAUGAUCACUCAAGGCAAGUGAAGAGCAUGCCAGAAGAGCACAACAUCUCGGCAGCGAUGAUCUGCAAUGCCAAGUAUGAGCCGCAACAGCGUGCAACACCUAAAGCUCAUGGACUCAGAGUGCAGUUCUAGUUCCAUUUGCAUGAGUGGCCACAGUUGUGAUGUUCCUCACCCUCGGAAAUUCGGAUUGUACUUACAUUGUACUUAGAUUGUGUGAAAUUGCAAAGUUUGUUUUCAAAUUAGUGCGCAUGUUAAAGUUUUAGCCUGUUUGAUGUUCCAAAAUAAAGUAAGUGAUUUUAAACAUGAUUGUAGUAUAUUUGACUUUUAAGAUCUAAUUCAGUAGUGCGAAAGAAGAUUGUUUGCA